AUGAAGGCAGCAAAGGCAGCAGAUGAUAGGCACUUACAGGAAGCUCAGGAAGCCAAGGAAGCCGAAGCAGUGGCAGGGCUUACCUGGCUUGCAGCAUUGGAGACGGAUAUGGAAGUAGCCCAGACCCAGGCGCAGAUGAACAAGCCAAAGGCUGUCAAGCCCCGUCCUCGACCUGUUGGUAAGAAAAAGGGUCAAGGUGUUGCGAGCAAGGAAGGCGGACCUGAUAUAGACAGUGGUAACACUGGUGCUGCUGGAAUUAGCAGCAAAGCGGCAGUCCUCAGAGAGGAUAUUGAUGAAGACUUCCUGCCUAGCAACGACAAUGACUCAGAAGACACUUUAGAUAUUCAGAAAAGGAGGAAAGGACAGAAAACCACACCAUACCAAUCACUGAAGGCUGCCAUUGACAAUGCUCGCAAGAAAACGAUGUUGGAAUCAGGGGUCGUUGAUGAUGAUCAAGCAUGUGCACAGACGAACAAGAAAGGCAACUCUUUAGUACCUGCCCAGCCUCCACCUUCCACCAUUUUAUCGAGGUCUCAAAAAUCUGCGUCAAGUGCCACCACUUCUUUAAAUUCUCACCUGAAUCAGCCAUCUACUAAGCUUCCAGCUGUUUGUGAGGAUGACUCGGCCCUAGUUGGAGCAUUCGGAGAUGAGGACCUUGAUGACUCAAGUGAGCAUGAGGUUGUGCUAGCUACGAAAGGGAAAGUACCCAUGAAGAGGAAAUGGAUCCUGACCUGGUGCCUGCCGCCUCUAGCUCAAAGGCAAGAUAGAGCCGCCUCUGGGACCAAGAGGAAGACUCUCCAUGAUGAUGUCCUUGAAUUCUCUGAUUGUAGUGAUGACUUGAUGUCGCCAGUGGAUGUUAUUGAAGCACUCGACAGCGACGAGGACUCAGAGAUUAUGGAUGUUGAUGAAUUUGAGGCAGUGGUCACGAAGCAGCCAGUCAAAGCCAAAGUGAAGGUAGAAAAAGCUCCAUGCACCACAACUUCGACAUUGGUCACUACCACAUCUAGCAAGGCCCCCCCUUCAAAGAAAGUAAAAGCCGAGAAGGAGCAGACAGCAACCAUGGUGCUAAAGAGCGACAGCAGCUGGGUGGAAUCUGUGUUGAAGGCAUGCUCAACAUAUCUGAACACUGACCUUCCUCCUGCUUGCCACGAAGACACCAAGUGGGGUCGCGUUUUUGUACCGACCAUUUUUCUCUGGCUGGAACCUUCUUCAUGCAGUGCCAGUGAAAUAUUCAAGGUUGUCUAUCCAAGCAUCAAGUACCAGGUUGUGACAUCUGGUUCAGUUUUCGGUGUUGUCACCCAACGUGUCAGUGAAUGGCGCAGCAAUUUCAGAUCUACUGCUUUGCCAUCGUCGUUGCUUUUGCACCUCAAACAGAGAUACCUCAGCAAAGGAGCUCUCAACCCUCUUCCUUUGACAAUAUGCAUUCCUCCUUCGUUCUGGAGCUUCUCACUACUGCCCAUCUCUCUCAGCACACUUGGGCACGCUGAUGUUCCCGCUCUCGAUACUGAUAAUCUAGCUCAGGGUGGCUUUGUUGGAGCUCUUGGAUUAUGUGCUGUCUUGCUCGAACAUGCAUUUUCUCUACUCAGUGACAAUGCCAUCAGCAUCGAAAAUUUGGAGGAUGCGGACAUGCCAACCACAGCACGGAAGACUCGUUUCAAGACACCAAAGACGCUCAACAAGGCUACUGGCAAGGAGACGGGAACGGAGCAUGCAUUCUCGGUCGUUAAAUGGGGGAUGAAAACUGCCGCAUUUGUUCGGGCAGCAAAAAAGAAGGGCCCGGAAGCAACAUGCCUGACAGCAUCCAUGGCAUACAAGCACCUGAAGAAGCCUGGUGCCAGCAUCGACUCAGACGACGAAAUGGAUGACCAUGAAGAUGUCUGGUAA